CGGCGGUCUCGUGCUUCUGGUCAACAUGGGCCCUGGUCAACUGAGUAUGGACGAAAAGAAGAAGGUAUACUAAGGGAGUGAUCUUCUAACGGAAGCAUGGCAAACUUGGCAUUCACAAAAAAAGAAAAAACAAUAAAUUUUGCGCGGUACACUUCUGAUGAGCUAUUGAUGCCCGGCUAUAUUUGUUUUUUUAUCGGGUCUUUUUCGAUUCUCCUUCUACUGAGAGUUCAUACGUAUCUGACUUUUAUUUUGGUUAUUGCAUCCUGGAGCUUUAAGUGUCGCAUUCAGAUUUUAUUUUCGAGUUUCCUUCGUUGUAAAUGUGCCGGGUUAUCAGAGCUUUUACAGAUUACACUUGUUUAGUUCAUUUGCUGUGUUUGCGUAGGACCAUGACUAAACGUUAAGUCUUCAAAUACUUCUCAAAGAACUCCGCCGCCUGCGCAUACCCCCGAACAUACUCCUUCAAACUCUCUUCGUUAUCCAAAUCCGCACGAGCACCC